AUGUCCGCCCACGCAUACCCAGCCAGGAUCGCCAACACCGACCACAGGGCACGCUGUCUCGUCCAGUUCCGGUCCAAGGACAUCGCGCUCGAGAAGUACAUUUACCUCAACGGUCUCAAAGGCAGAGACGCGAACCUCUUCUACGACAUGCUCCUCGAAAACAUGCAGGAAAUGGUCCCCAUCCUCUACACGCCCACUGUCGGCGAGGCGUGCGUGAACUAUUCGCACAUCUGGCGCCGUCCGGAGGGGCUCUACAUUUCGAUCGAGGACCGUGGUCGCAUCCGUGAAGUGCUGAGAUCCUGGCCGAACCUCCAUGACGGACGCAUCGCGGUCGUCACCGACGGUUCUCGAAUCCUUGGCCUGGGCGACCUCGGAGCCAACGGCCUCCCGAUCAGCCUCGGAAAACUAGACCUGUACAUCGCCGCCGCGGGCAUCAAGCCCUCAUCCACCGUGCCAAUUUGUCUUGAUCUCGGGACCAACACCCAGCGGUACCUGGACGAUCCGCUCUACAUCGGCGUGCGCCGGACUCGGCCCGGCCCGGACGAGAUGGAUGGGUUCAUGGACGAGUUCAUGGAUGCCAUGACCGAGGUGUUCCCGCAGCUGCUCGUCCAGUUCGAGGACUUCUCCACCGACAACGCGUUCCGGUACCUGGACCGUUACCGUCAGAAAUACCGUGUCUUCAACGACGAUAUCCAAGGAACGGGCGCGGUCAUCCUCGGUGGUUUCACGAACGCCGCCAGGCUUGCGUCGGAAGCGUCGAAGAAGCCUCUGUCGGAGCACAAGAUCCUGUUCUUCGGCGCAGGGUCGGCGGGUAUCGGUGUCGCGAAGCAGCUGACGGCGUUCUUCACAUCUGCUGGCCUGAGCCCGGAAGAGGCUCGUCGACGCAUCUACACUGUAGACUCAAAGGGCCUAAUCACUGCGGACCGCAAGGGGUUGCAAGAGCACAAGAAGUUCUUCGCUAGAACUGACUAUCAGGGACCUCCGCUGACGAACCUUGUGGAUAUCAUCAACCACGUCCAGCCUACUGCGCUCCUUGGGUUGAGCACACAAAGGAAUGCGUUCACGGAAGAAGUCGUGAAGGCCAUGUCCGCGUUGAACGAGCGGCCAAUCAUCUUCCCUCUCUCAAACCCUGUUAGUCUGAGCGAGAUAGAUUUCGUCGAUGCCCACUACUGGUCAGAAGGGCGCGCCAUAUUUGCGUCCGGCAGCCCCUACAAGCCCAUAGGUGAUCGUGAGGCAGGGCAGGGCAACAACAUGUACGUGUUCCCAGGUAUCGGACUCGGCUCGAUCCUGUCGCGCACCGCGCACGUGUCGGACGCGAUGGUCGAGACAGCGGCGAUGGCACUCGCAGGCUCUCUGACCCCCGAGGAAAGCGCCGCGGGCCUCGUCUACCCUCGCAUCGAGCGCAUUCGGGAUAUCAGUGCAACCGUUGCCACUGCGGUAAUCAGGCAGGCACAGAAAGAGGGGCUCGACAUAAAUGGAUACCUCCGCACUCUGCCUGAUGCGGAACUGCUGGAACUUGUCAAGGACAAGAUGUGGGAGCCUCCAGCGGGGCAGCCACGCGAGGUCGGCCGCCUGUGAGAUGAGGCUUUGUGACCCAGGGGAAAGGACCUGGGCAAGGACAAAAUUACUGUUAUGAUGAUAAUAAGAGACUGAUAGGUUUUAGCUAGUUCGGAUAACAUUAUGAAUGUUUAAUCGUGGAUGCAAUUCAGAGCUUAUGGUUACAAUCGCAUUAUAUCAGAGUGGCGGUUACGCGUCUUCGUUGAGGUCUAUCGCGAUGUCGCCGAAGGUAUCUUUUAGUUUCCAUUGCGAGAUCGCGAAACGAUGGUUGACAGGUUUGAGCGCAGGAAGGCACGCGACACUCCCGCAUCCACCGGUUUUAGGCAUUGGGAAGAGAUAGAUGACUUCCUUCACUCGGGAGUGGAGGAGCGCCAUGCUGCACAUAAUGCAUGGCUCGUGCGUAGCAAAUAACGUGAGGCCGGUGAGAAGAUAGUUCAUGCCGUUACGAGUGCCGUCCGCUGAGCCUUCGUCCUGAUCUAUAGGGUGAGUCGUAGAUGAUCCAGUAUUCUGUGAUGCUCGGAAGUCGGCAACUUUGCGGACACAGUUCAAUACUGCGUGCCGUAGUGGGUGGUUCGUAGACGCCCUUAUGUCGUGAGCAAAGAAGGUCUCGGAGAAUGUGUCGGCUUCUUCGUAAGGUGGCGGAACAGAGACUGCUAUCGGGAGCUCUCCAUUGUGUUUUGCUGCCCGCGCCUCGCUGACGAGUUGCCGCACGGCAUUGUAUGCCCAGCGCACCUUGCCACGAGACCAGGGUUCAAACUCCCAUUUCCGUCGCGGUGCGUACACCGUGGGCCAGAGGGUGUUCUUCAAUUGCAGGGAAUUCUGUGUGAGCGCCUGGUUACACGGCACUGGUAGCUGGUAUGGAGGGGGCAACUCCAGCGUCUCCGGAAGGGCUGGUGGUUCUUCCCAGGUGCCGAGAAGAAGGGAAGUCAACUCCUCCUGUCGCCGUAUCCGUUUAAGAUGUGCGAGAUCGGGAGAAUCAAGGUCGGAUUGUUUAAGCCAUUUGAGCAUGGUGGCGAUAUCUUUUGUAUGAGGAAUGUCGACCACCCAGGCUUGCAUGGUUUGGAUGGACUCCAUGUCUUCCUCCUCGACCUCAAGGGACAGUCUUGUUCUGGUGAAGGGCAGGUCAUCCUCCUGCACAUGUUCCUGAGGAUCUUCAGCGUCCGGUAGUGCAUUGUCUCUAUCAUCAGCUGCGAUAUUAGUGAGACCACCCCAUGCAUCCUGGUCGACCUCUGCAAUGGGCCCAUCCCCUUUGUCUGAGCAGCCAACUGGAUCGAACCAAAGCUUGUGGCCGUAGAAUAUGCACAGCUCUUCGUCAGGUUCAAUACUUCUGGAUGCGAUAUACCGUAUGGUCUCAUGUGAUGAAUCUACUUCAUAAGACACAUUUGGUCGGUCUGAAUGAUUGAACAAGGAUCCGAGUCCCAAAGCGAGAGCCAUACGACCGUCUUUCGAGUUGAAAGUGUAGUGAUCAAGAAGUGUAUGUUUGCCAUGUGCGUCAUACUCGUCCUUGGAAAACAACAACACAGGGCUGGCUUCGAUCACCGUCCGAGGUGCUAUGCGAUGAGAUGCAUAUACACCGCGUCCUUUGCCUUCAGAGACCUUGACAUGACAUUGUUCCGAGUUCAAUAGCCAUCGUCCCUCUGUUUCAUUGCUCG